AUGACCGAUGAAAAUGAUGAUGGCAGAAGAGCGUGUCCGGCCGGUGCUCGCGUAACGCUUCGCCUCCCGUCCGUCAUCUCACACUCCGACGCCGCGCGAGACAUGACGUUCACGCCCGCGCCGACGCAAGCGAAGCGCCCCUCGUGGGCGAGCGCUCGCGAUGACCCUCCCGCGGACGCGAAUACCGCGGACGCGAAGCCGCCGCCGCCCCCCCCGCGCGCGCGUCGGCUCGAGGCGCCGCUGCUGAACGCGCUCGGCCUCGGCGCGAUCUUCCGUGACCCCGACGGUCGCGACGACGACGCCGACGCCGCCGCCGCGCGCGCGGACGAGACGUUCACGCACAAGAUGUGCAAGAUGUGCGGGAACGUGUGCAACGCGAAGAUGACGUCGUGCACGUCGUGCUGCCUCCCGCUGACGGAGCCGGGGUCGUACGCGCCCGCGACGAUGCCGAAGCCCGGCGCGGUCGCGUCCGACGACGACGCGACGUCCGAGGACGACGCGUCGUCGAACGAAGGCGACGGCGACGGCGACGGAGCCGAACCGUCGUCGUCGUCGUCGCCGCCGCCGCCGUCCGCGAUGCCGUCGAACGCCGCGCGCGCGGCGAUGGAACGCCGCAAGCUCGAACGCCGCCGCGCCGCGACCGAAGCCGCGACCGCCGAAGACGAAGACGACGAGUCAGCGUGGUGGGCGCGCGGCUGGCGCGACCUCUCCCCGCCGACGCGCGCGCGAGGCCACGACCCGGCGCUGCGAUCCGCGUACGACGUCCUCGGCCUCCCUCUCGGCGCGGGAGAGGACGACGUCCGCGCGGCGUAUCGAAGAGAAGCGCGGAUCAACCACCCGGACAAGGGCGGCGAGCCGGAGGAGCUCGAACGCGUGCACGACGCGUUCGACGCCAUCGCGCUCGACGCGUGGCGGCACGACGACGGCGCGCGGGCGCUGCGCGACGCGCUCGCGGCGAAGAAGGAGGGGAAACGAACCGACGCCGACGCGACGAACGGGGAAGACGAACCGACGCGCGACGACGACUCCCCCCCGCCCCCGAAGAUCUUCGUCUCCGUGUGCGUGUAUCGCGACCCGGAGGCGCAGUUCACGCUGCGCGACGUCUUCGCCAAGGCGACGCGACCGGAGCGCGUCUUCGUCGGCGUCUCGUGGCGGUAUAAGCUCCCGAGACCGCCCUCCUCCUCGUCCGCGCCGGUCGUGAUCGAUCGCAUGCAUCGCGACAUGGCGCCCCUCGCGUACGCGAUCGAGCGAGAGGCGGCGAAGAUAAAGGACGAGGAGGGCCAGCGGAAGUACCUGACCGAGUGCAUGGACGUCCAGAGGGAGGCGCAGGCGGCGUGCGACGACGUGGAGGCGAAGGUGCGUUCUAUACACUGGUCCCCAUACGACCGCGUUGGCGUGGUGAACGCCGAUUCUUAA